AUGGUCAAUCUAAUCGAAUUCCAAAACGCUAUGGAUCCUGCGUGCAUAGGAAAACCGGUCACCCUCCGGCUUUUUCGAAACAAAGGAAAAGAAACAGCGAUCCCUUCACGGACUGAUAACGUUCGGUCCAUACCCAAACUCAGGAGAGCCGAAGGGAAUAAGUUGGAACGUAUGGUCCUCUUCGGAAUAUCUGGGUCCGUAAGCGAAGGAAUGGAGGAGAAAUUUGCUUCCAACAAAGAAGAUGGUCGUACUCGCUUGAGCCUUAAAGCGGUACCAAAUGCGAUGGAGUUUCUGAAAAGAGUAUUGGAGGCUGAAACCCCAUUGGAAGCUAUUGGUAGGUGCGCCGCCCAGAACAUCGACGUUUCAACCUAUCAUGGCCAGUUCCUUGCGAUCAUGCUAGGCACCCUUCAAGAGUUCUGUAUAAUGAGGAUGACCAAACCCAGCUUUCAAUACACGGAUAAUGAUGAAAGGACCUAUUGGGUUGAAUCCGUCAUCCCCAUGUUCAGAUAUCUUGGUAUGAUUACCGAUUUAGUCUCCUUCAAUCGGUAG